AUGCUCGGCAAAGACGGCCUCUUCAGCACCGACCCGGAAACGCAUGUCAAAGAGAUACAAGACAUCACCGACAUCCGGCUUCGCCAUGCCGACAAGCACGGCGUGGGCUACACCAUUCUGUCAUACACGGCGCCCGGCGUGCAAGACAUAUUCGACGCGAAGGAGGCACAGGCGCUCGCUGUUGAAAUCAACGAUUAUAUUGCGGAGAAGAUCCGGGCUUUUCCAGACCGUCUGGGAGCGUUCGCGACUCUCUCGACGCGUGAUCCUGCUGAGGCGGCCACAGAACCGCGUCGCACCAUCACGCAGUAUGGCUUCAAGGGGGCUCUCGUCAACGACACCCAGCGUGCGGGCCCGGACGGCGAAGACCUCAUCUUCUAUGGCAAGCCCGAAUGGGACAUCUUCUGGCAGACAUGCGUCGAGCUGGACGUACCGCUCUAUCUGCACCCCCGCAACCCCACCGGCGUGAUUUUCGAAAAGCUAUGGAAGGACCGUAUGUGGCUAAUCGGGCCUCCACUCUCCUUCGCUCACGGUGUCAGCCUGCAUGCCCUCGGCAUGGUAACCAACGCGCUCGGCCUGGCGUGCAAGAAGACGAUCCGCGAGUACUUCAACGAGAACAUCUGGAUUACGACGUCGGGCCAUUUCUCUACAACGACGCUCAACUUCUGCUUGGCGGAGGUGGGCGCGGAGCGCAUCCUGUUUUCGGUGGACUAUCCAUUUGAGAAUUUCAGCGAUGCGUGUGAGUGGUUUGAUGGGGCGGAGAUGAGUACGGGUACGAGGGCGAUGAUUGGGGGGAAGAAUGCGAAGAGGCUGUUCAAGUUAGAGGACUAUAAGGAUUGCCGUGCUAAGGCUAUAUAG